AGAGUCACAGUGUUGAAUAAUCACAGACUAUCAGGCAAGGAGCCUUGCAGCAGCAGGUCUACUGCCUGUGACAUCACUCUUGGAUCUCGCAUCUAGCUUAGAGUUGCUUUCAUUAGCCAGUCUGUUGGUCUGUCUACAUUUCCCCCAGAUCUGUUGUCUUUUGUACUGGAGCAUCCUGCCUUGAGGAAGGGCUUUCUCUUACUAUAGCAAGAGACGGAGGGAGGAAAGAAUUCCAAGCACAGACCAGUGGAGCUGCAGCAUGACAUCUAUCUCUGCCUGCUACUUGCUGUCUCUUCUGCUGCCUGCUAUGGUUUUCAGCACCAGACAGGGAUAUGGCGAUCUGGAAAAACAACUGAAAGAAGUGUUUAUGGAAAGGAGCAGUAUCCUCCGGCAACUUUCAAAAAAAUCCCGGGAACUGGACGGCAUCAAAGGAAAUCUCCAGCCUUUUAAAAACAAUGAAGCAAGUUCCAAGGAUGAUGUGCAAAAACUUUUGGCAUUAGAAGAAAAGCAAAGGGAAGAGAUUAAAUCCAUGCAGGAAGCUUUCACAAAGCAACUUAAUGAGGCAACAGAAAAGGCUGAGAAGCAGCAGGCUACUAUUAAUUUCCUAAAAACUGAAAUGGAACGUAAAAGCAAAAUGAUCAGGGAUCUACAGAAUGAGAACAAAAGCUUGAAAACAAAGCUACUAUCUGGAAACAAGCUCUGCGGUCUUCGUGCUGAGGAGUCGAAACGCAUACAAGCCCAGUUGAAAGAACUUCGGUAUGGAAAGAAAGAUUUAGUUUCUAAGGCACAACAGCUAACAGACCUGGAGCAAAAGUUAACUGUGGCAAAAAAUGAAAUGGAAAAGGCAUCACUUGAUAAUGAAUCACAAUUGAAAGCCUUGAAAGAGACUGUCCAACUCUGCCUUACUUCAGUUUUACACAAUCAACCACCUGCUGUACAUAUAAUCUCAUCACAACGAAGAGAGACACCGACGUCUUCGAGACGGACACUGGAGAACUCUAACACAGAGAUUCAAAUAGCCGCAUCAUCAAAUACAAGCUCAAAUUCCAGUAAAGAGACAUUAAAAGAAUUCCAACAUGACAAGAACUGUGACUCUCCUCGCAAUGAUGGUAAGAUCUGCAGAUUGCAUCACAGCAACUCAACUCUGUUAAACAGGAGUGCUGAAUUAGAACCAAGUUUUAAGCAAUUACAUGGACCUCCUUGGAUCAAAUCAGAAGCUAAUACAUCUGUAGAAGAGCAGAAGAUGAGUAAUGGAAACAAGAACAUGACAGAGGAAAAAUCGCUGUAAAAUAAUGUAAAAAAGUUUUUAAUUUCCAGUCAUCUUCAUCUUUUUUUGGACUCAAAAAGCAUGGAGAUGUUUUACAUUUCUAAAGCAUGUUGUUUUAUUUUCACUAAAUUAUGGUUGUUUGUACAGUAUAACAGUGUUCUAAAGAAAAUCAAUAAAAAUAUGAUAAAUUUGUUAAUAGUUUUUAGCAAUAAUGAAAUAGAACUGGAUGUUUGAAGAAAUGCUUUGUAAGACAGUUGAUA